AUGAGUUAUGCAAGUGCUAGGGACAGUAAUCCUCGCUUAGGUGAUGUCAUCUUUUAUGGUGUGUUGAAAGAUGUGGUUGAGAUUCGAUAUACCAAUGCCAUGAAAUUUGUUUUGUUCAAGUGUGAUUUGGUUAAUGGUCUUGGUGGAGUGAAAGAAGAUGAGUUUAAAUUCACGUUAGUGAAUUUUAAUAAGUUGUUAUACAGAGAUAAUGCAAUAGGGGAUGAGCUUUUCAUCUUAGCACAACAGGCAAAGCAAGUUUGUUAUGUACAAGACCUAGUGGAUCCAGAUUGGCAUGUUGUUCUUAAUAUGACUGUUAGAGAUCUAUUUGAUAUGUAUUCCAAAGAUUCUUAUCACAGUCCGGCGAUGGUACCUCAAGUUGAGUUAUAUGCACCCCAGCAAUUGGAGGAAAUUAUUUAUUUGAAUGAUGAAGAUGUUGGUUGCGUGAGGGAAGGAGUAGAUGGAAUGACAGUAGACAUGAAUGUUUCGACAGAAGAAGCUGAGAUGGAAGAAUGCGACUGA